AGGAGCAUGACUUCAGAACUCCAGGAAGAGGCUCAGCACAGACAAUGUCUCCUUCUGACUUCUUGGACAAACUAAUGGGCAAGACAUCAGGCUAUGAUGCACGGAUAAGGCCAAAUUUCAAAGGUCCUCCAGUAAACGUUACUUGCAAUAUUUUUAUCAACAGCUUUGGCUCGGUCACAGAGACAACCAUGGACUACAGGGUAAACAUCUUUCUGCGGCAGAAGUGGAACGAUCCACGUCUGGCAUACAGCGAGUACCCGGAUGACUCACUGGAUCUGGACCCCUCCAUGUUAGACUCGAUUUGGAAGCCUGACCUGUUCUUUGCCAACGAGAAGGGUGCCAACUUCCAUGAUGUCACCACUGACAACAAGCUGCUGCGGAUCUUUAAGGAUGGGAACGUGCUGUACAGCAUCAGGCUGACACUCAUUCUGUCCUGUCCCAUGGAUCUAAAGAACUUUCCCAUGGAUGUGCAGACCUGUACCAUGCAGUUGGAGAGCUUCGGCUACACAAUGAACGAUCUCAUCUUCAAGUGGCUCGACAAGGGUCCAGUGCAGAUAUCCGAAGGAUUGACCCUUCCUCAGUUUGUCAUGAGAGACGAAAUGGAUUUAGGCUACUGUACCAAACACUACAACACUGGUAAGUUCACCUGCAUCGAGGUGAAGUUCCACCUGGAGAGGCAGAUGGGAUACUACCUGAUCCAGAUGUACAUCCCCAGCCUGCUCAUCGUCAUCCUGUCCUGGGUGUCCUUCUGGAUCAACAUGGACGCUGCCCCUGCCCGCGUGGCCCUGGGCAUCACCACUGUUCUCACCAUGACCACCCAGAGCUCCGGGUCCCGGGCCUCGCUGCCGAAGGUGUCCUACGUGAAGGCUAUUGACAUCUGGAUGGCCGUGUGUCUUCUGUUUGUGUUUGCUGCUCUACUGGAAUAUGCUGGAGUUAAUUUUGUCUCCAGGCAACAGAAGGAGUUCCUCCGGUUGAGACGAAGACAAAAACGACAAGACAAGGAUGAACACAUGAGGGAUGGACGUUUGAAUCUAGCGGCCUACGGAGUGGGUCCUUGUCUCCCGGUCAAGGAUGGGACCACUGGCAAGGCUACUACGCUCAAUGCCACCUCUGACACACCACCACUUCUCAGAGAAAUUGACAUGCCCAGGAGGAAGUAUGUGGACAGGGCAAAGAGGAUCGACACCAUAUCCAGAGCAGUCUUUCCUAUGGCUUUCCUCAUUUUCAACACUAUCUACUGGAUUACCUAUAAGAUCAUCUGGCAUGAAGACAUCCACAAAGACUGACCGCCGUGUCCAGUGGGACUUCAGAUAAAACCAUAUGAUGACAAAAAUAUAUACAAUGCACAAUAAUCUUCCUCAUGUCCCUAGUGAAUAAUAUUAUGAAAUGUGCAAUGCGAGUGUUUGCGAGGGGCACGCAAAUAUAAUGUGAUGUGUUCUACGUAGAUAAAUGGACAGAUGUUACUUGUAUUAAUUAUUGAAAAAAAGAAAAAGGAGUGAAUAAGUAUUAUGCUAAUUAUGCUCAUUUGUAACUUUUACAGUGGGGGUGCAAAAAUUUGGGCACAUCUGGUUUAAAUGUCUAUUAUAAUUAAUCUGUAUGUGAUUGAAAGCAAACCUGAACUCUAAACGGUACAGAGUUAACCAUGAGACCUUUCUGCAAAUUUGAUAGCUAUUUCCAGUUAUUUCCAGCUUUUAUUUCCAGUUAUUUCCAGUUUUUACUGUUUCUAAAUUAUUUUUAAAAAUGGGCCCUGUGCAAAAGUUUAGGAACCCUUUUGGAUUAUUCUUUAUUACUUUUCAAAAAGAUGAAUACUAACGCCCAGACCCAGGUGAUUUACUCGUUGGGGCUUCGAUGAGUCAGAUGAGUAUAAUUCCAGGGCUGAACUUUUUAUUCUGAAGUAACUCCAUGCCUUCUAAAGUAUCCAAGUACAGUGGCAGUUCUGUCUGGUGUUAACAACCAUGGGUUUCUCUAAACAGUUGUCCAAGGAUUUCAGAAUGAAUGGUUAAUUUCCAGCAAGAGGGAGAAGGCUACAAAAAUUCUCAACAUUUCAAACCUAUUUCCACUGUCAGAAACAUCAUUAGAAAAUGGAAGAAAAAUGGAACAGUAGAAGCCAAGGCAAGGUCUGGAAGACCAAGACAGAUUUCAGAUAGAAUGCCUAUCUGACCUGGUGCUCAGAAAUGCUCAGAAGAACCCACACAUCACUGCAAAAUAGCUGAAAAAAAGAGUAGCAAACAGGUCUAGCUGUUCACAGGACAACAAUACAACAUAAACAACAAAGACAUAUUUCCAGACAGAACAACCUCAACACAAAAUUAAGUGUCUGAAGUAUGCAAAAGAAAACAUUGAGAAGCCUGAAGCCUUUUGGAACAAUGUGCUUUGUCAAAACCAAAAUUAAACUUUUUGGCCACCAAAAAAAAGUUUGGAGAAAAAAGUUUAAAGCCUUUGUAGAGAUGUACACCUUGCCAACUGUAAAGUAUGGAAGUGGAUUAAUUAUGCUCUGCCACUGGGGGCACAGGAAAUACUGCGCGGGUGGAGAAAGAAUGGUUUCCACCAAAUAUCAAGAAAUUCUAGAGGCUAAUGUUCAAAGGUCAGUCCAGAUAAGUUGAAGAGAGGUUGGGUAUUCCAGAAAGACAAUGAUCCAAAGCAUACCUCAAAAUCAACCAUGAAGUGCCUCCAGGAAAGAUGAUGAAGGUUUUGGAAUGGCCACCACAGUCCCCAGACUUGAAUACUAUUGAAAAUCUGUGGAGAAACCUCAAACAUGCCGUACAUGCAAGGAGGCCGAAGAAUAUUUCUGAGCUAGAGGUGUUCUGCAGGAAGAAUUUGGAAAAUUUCAAAAAGAGAGAAUUGAAAGACUCUUUACAAGCUGUUAUCGUUGCCCGAGGAGGAGUUAUAAAUCACUGACUGACAAAGUUCUAACUGACAGGGUUUUGCACAGGGCCCUUUUCCUUUAUUUAUUAUUUUGAAACUGUAAUAAAUCAAAAUAAAUGUAAUCUUGCUUUAAAAUUUGAAGAAAUGUGUCAUGUUUAACGUUGUACCAUUUAGAGGUGAGGUUCACUUCUGUUCACUUAAUAUUAUAUUAAUUGUAAAAUGUGUGCCCAAAUUUUUGCACACUACUGUAAUACUGCAGGCAGUCUAUGAUGAGUUGAUGACACAACCACACUGUCUAUAGUCCAGACACAAUGUACGGUAACAAAUAAUGGACCCAACUUUCUGUUUCAAUUCUGCAAAUAUAUUUGUAUGACAUAGCUGAAGCUGAUAAGCAUUUCUUAAUGAAUGAAUGCACCGUGCAGUUUGUUGGUUUUGUGUGAAGGCCAUUUCAAAUGGAAGGGCAGUGUGAAAAUGUACAUGAGAGUAUUGUAAUUAAGUUCUUGAGCAUUUUGAACAGGUGAAUAAUAAGAUAUUGUGAACAGCUCUAUUUAUUACUGAGCAUUAUGCAUAAUUAUGUUAAUACAUCCAUAUUGUGUUGUUUCAUGUACAUGUACGUCUAAUUGGACCUUGAAAUGUUUUCUGGUUAAAGGUCAGUAGUCACUUAGAAAUGACUUGGUAAAAUUAUUCUACUAUUUACAUGGCCAAUUACUGAAACAGCACACAUUGGUAAACACAUUACUCAAUAGUCUAAAGCCUACAUUUUGAAAAGCUUGUGCUUGUCUUUUCUGACAUAACUAAUGUCAUUUUGUAUAUCUUUUGAGAGUUUGGAAUCAUCUACAGAGAGCUUUCUUUUGAUAUAUCAGGAAUACAUUUUCAAGCACAUUAUCAUGCCAUUGUUGUACUUUGUUAUUUCUGACUACAUUUGGGACCGUUUAGCAAAUCGAGAACACAAUUGUAAACACUUAAAAAAUACAUAAUUGGAAAAUCUUC